AUGUCCCUGGCCAUCUCAACGUUGUUAUCGUCUUCACUGGUCAUCUUCGUCCACGCCGAGGACACGUCCCGCCAGGACACGCUCGCGAUGGCCAACGUCCUGGGCGACCUUUCCGGAAACACAUCCGACCUUAGCAUCGACUUCCGGAGUCUACGGAGGAACUCCAGAUCAGUUCUGGACGCGGCCAGCGCGAGCCUCCUCGGAGCCGCGGCUGCGAUGGGGCUCUUGGGCGUCGUCUACCCGAUCCUGGCGUCCUUCGGCAAGGUUCCCAGCGGUCCCCACGAGAGGGUGAUCUUCGGCAGGGGCCUCGCGGGACUGUCCGAGUUCGUGAUGACGAGGGUGGACAAGGGUCUCGAGAAGUUCCCCAGCAUCCCGAGCCUGGAUCCACAGGAGUGCAUGAAGAGGAGCGUCUGUGAAGCCCACAACCAGCCCAACAAGUACGGACUCAUCGGACUGGCCCUGCAACUGCUCUAUCCUCCUUACUCGGCGCCCGACGAGCCAACGACGGUGGUGUCCAAGUAUCAACUGGCCGCCAGGUACGGCCGCCAGGAGGACGCCGACUGCUCGAGACAGUACGACGGCUGCAUCGUGUCUCCGCUCGAGAUCAUCCAAACCGUUGUCACCUACUUCCUCAGAUAG